AGAGGUCAGUCUCGUGCAAGACUAGUGCUGUCAGACUUUCGAAAUGGAUCCCGGUCAGUCAGAAGCUGAUGGACCAGAGGACUUGGAGGAAGAGGAAGGCCCAACAGCGCCUCCGAUUGAAAUGCUGGACAAUGUGAGGGGCUACGAGGGAACUGUCGCAGGUGGUGGUGGAAACCACAUAUCUCCACCAGUUCACCCAUCUGAUAAGAAGGAGCGAGCACAGCCCCAGCUAGAGUGGAGAAUUCCAUCCAUCACUGAAGAAGCAGCGAGACAGGCAUUGACACAGUUUGCUGCUGCUCGCUGUUGUUACAGCAGCGGCCCUGCCCAAGACAUGGUCUUUCAGGAUCUCACACCGUUCAACAUGUACAGGUAUCGUCUUGAGACUUUCACCGAAUCCCGACUAACUGAAUGGACACACAAGCCGUUUACUGGUCAGCCUGUUGAUAAUAUCGCCUGUGGAUCUCCUCCCCUUCCGUGGGAUGUCGUUGUUGAGAUACCACCAAUGUUUCAGGAUUCUGUAAAGAAAGUUCCUGUUCCUCACACUGCAGCUGUCAAGCGUUGCCACAAGUGCAAGGGCAGGGGGAAAUACCGGUGUUCCCAUUGCAGUGGAAAAGGAAAGCUAAAAUGCCUGACAUGCGGAAGUCGCGGGAUUGUACACGGAAAUAAGAGAUGCAUCCAGUGUGGUGGGAGAGGAAUGAGAAGGUGCAACCCUUGUUUAGGCCGAGGCAUUCAGACCUGCCAUAUCUGCAAAACCAGUGGCCAGUUGCUAUUCUACAUUCAACUGACAGUAAAAUGGACCAAUAAUGUCUUUGAACAAGUGGCUGACCACCGAAUCGGACUUCCUGUGACACUCUUCAGUGAAGUGACCGGGCAGAAUGUCUUUGCUGAUGAAUGCUAUCAGGUCUACACUAUAGUUGGUUUUCCAGACUCUCUAAUUGAUCAGAUUUCCCAACAAGGGGUUCAAGAACACCAGGAAAAGUUUGGAAGAACAGCGUGUAUACUUCAACAGCGGCAGACAAUUGAGCUGAUCCCUGUGACCAAAGUGUACUUCCAGUGGAAAGGACAAGAGCACAGCUACUUUGUGUAUGGCACAGAAAAUAAUGUCUACGCUCCAGACUAUCCCAGCAAGUGCCACUGUACCAUUCUCUAAUCUCCAUCCUUUAAUGUCCUUCAGUGGAUGACCUUAAACUGCCUGUUCAGCUAGCUUGUAGAAAGGAGAUAGGGGCAAGAUUCUUUGAUGUUAUUUAGAAGAACAAGCAGUGUCCUUUUGUUGUUAGAACCAACAUAUCUUUCUCAAUCAACAUCAGCAUAAAGCAGGAUAAUCACUCAAACAUAAAAACAAAAAAACUGCGGAUGCUGGAAAUCCAAAACAAAAACAGAAUUACCUGGAAAAACUCAGCAGGUCUGGCAGCA